CAACUGCCGAUCUUUGUCCAAGCUCCUCACGGCAAUAACCCUACCUCAACAACCCACCAAUCAAUGUUUUGAACAGGUUCUUCCACUUAUCAGGACUUUAUCCAAAACAUCCGUGGAGACAAAACACACUAUAACAUUGAGACAGGACAAGAGUGACCACACCAUAAUAUCUGCCGCUGUGAAACUAGUGUGCCCCUGACCGGAGCUUAGCUGCACCAUGACCCGCGGGCUAAUCCACCGCCAGUUUCAGGAUAUUAAGGAAUGAAACUACCGACUCACAUUGACGGGCCAAACGGAGAAAUUUUGUAGAUCUAAACCCUUCCACGGGCCUUCUUCGGAUGAGCCUGUCUACCAUAUAAAUGCAAGUAAGCCCCAGGGUGCAAGCUUUACUUCUCUGUCCUCUCGCCCCAUACGGAAAACAAACCAGUCCAUCACAAGUUCGAAAUUGAAAAUGCGCGGUCUCAGAAGCCUUGCCUCCCUCGCCGUUUUCGGCUUGGCUCAAGCCCAGGAUAACAUCGUCUUUGGCCCUGCGUUCUCCCUCGGCCCUACCAAGUCAUGGAUUCGUGAAGCGACUACUACGCUGGUGCUGCCCGAAGCACCAAGCCCUCAGGAAGAUCGCCUUGCACUCUGGCCAGGAAUGGGAACUAGCGGCGGUGACCUGAUUCAGGCUCUUGCUGUUUCUUUCUCAGACCCUGCAGCAAACUGCGGCGCUAGCUCCGGCCAAUGGUGCACAUGGGCAAGCACUCUUCAGGGAACCCAACUGGGCGGGAAACAAGUUCCGGCCUCUGCAGGUGACAAGCUUGUCAUGCAUUACAAGUACAACGAUAGUACCGGCAAAUAUGACCAGACAGUGACCAUCAACGGCAAGGUCGUCUCGAGCCUCUCAACUAACUCUGGCCAGGCCCAAGGAUGGGGUACUGCCGUUGAGGCCCAGGACAACGCCUCUAAGAGCACUGUUGCUGCGCACCAGUACCUUGAUACUACCAUCAUCCUCGAUGCCGCUGACCUUACCUUCCGUGAUACCCUCGGCCUCACCGAUGCUGACUCCACUGGCUUGGCGACCUCAGACAAUGGCAAGACCUGGAAGGUGGCUACCAUCAACAUUCAUGAGCACUCUUUCUAA